CGCGUGAUCGACGCAGAUGACGAACUGAAGUGGUCGAUAAUUGAUUGAUGGUGCCUGCUGUGCAAGUGUCUGGAAUCCCUCGUCUUCUCCCCUCACUCUCCGUCUCCUUAUCUCGUAUCUCUCCCUCGCUCUCUUGCGAGACACCCAUUUAUAAUUACAACAAAAAUAGGAGGAAUCAAACUAAGAAGAAUAAGGCGUCGUUUAGGGCACAUAAACACAGAACGAACCAUGCCUUUCGGCGCUUCCAUCCCUUCGCCUCCUCCUACAUAUUUGGUUCAUCACCUCGCUUGCUGGUUUCAAGUUUCAAACAAGUGCUGGAUUCAUAAUGGACUCUCUGGGUUCGUUCCAGCAAAAAGAAGGGCAAUGGUUCUGCCUUUGAGGGCUAGCUUUUGGGAUUCCAUUAAAUCUGGCUUCUUGAAGAAUAACAACUCAACAAAAGUUGUUGAGCCACCUUCAACUUUUAUGGAAGAAGAAGACCCCUUUCCACAAGAUAUAGUGCUUCUUGAAAAGACCCAACCUGACGGAACAUUUGAGCAGAUCAUCUUUUCUUCAGCUGGAGACGUUGAUGUAUAUGAUGUACAAGCUUUAUGUGAUAAGGUAGGAUGGCCCCGAAGACCACUAACAAAAAUAGCAGCAUCUUUGAAAAAUAGUUAUCUGGUUGCUACACUUCAUUUAAUAAGUAGGUCUCCAGGCACAGAGGGGAUUGAUCAGAAGCAACUUAUUGGCAUGGCUCGUGCCACCUCUGACCAUGCAUUUAAUGCGACAAUAUGGGAUGUCCUUGUUGAUCCUUCCUAUCAGGGGCAGGGUCUAGGUAAAGCACUUGUGGAGCAGCUAAUCCGGGUGUUGCUGCAAAGAGAUAUUGGCAAUAUAACUUUAUUUGCAGAUAAUAAAGUGGUGGAUUUCUACAAGAAUUUGGGAUUUGAAGCUGAUCCUGAAGGUAUCAAGGGCAUGUUCUGGUACCCAAGAUAUUAGUGAUCCUGAUGACUCCAUGGUCUCUAAAUGUGUUUUGGGUACUAGAAAUUACAUGGGCUGUCUGAAAGUAAUGGUGCUAUUACAAUUAUGUAAGUAUAUGAACGUUGUUUGAGUUAAUUUUGCUAUUUUAAAAUUCAUUCUCAUGAUGUCGGGUGAAGCUUCAUUGUGUAGAUUGCUAGAGAUCUGUCUUUUUGACAGACAUUCAGCAUGGAUGUUAAUGUUCCCAGAAAA